AUGACCCUGAGUACCUCUGAUGAGAACUCCAGAGACUCAGAAGACGAGGGAAGUCCAAGCACUUCAGCAAGCACCCAGUCCUUGAACCUGGCACCCCCAAAAGAGGAAGAGCUGAGCCCUCCCCAGAGUUCUGAGACAGUCUUCUCCAUCAUGACCCUGAGUACCUCUGAUGAGAACUCCAGAGACUCAGAAGACGAGGGAAGUCCAAGCACCUCAGCAAGCAUCCAGUCCUUGCCUAGGGAUCCCCCAGAAGAGGAGGUGACUGGUAUAGUGCGUUUCCUGCUCCUUAAGUAUCAAAUGGGGCAGCUCACGGCAAAACUAGAAAUGCUGGAUGUUGUGAGCAGCGAUUUUAAGAAUCAGUUCCCUGUCGUCUUUCAGAGGGCUUCUCAAAGCUUGAAGAUGGUUUUUGGCAUUGAUUUGAAAGAGGUGGAUUCUAUCCUGGGCACCUAUGCCCUGGAAAACUCACUGGGCCUUACCUAUAAUAGAGUGCUGAUUGAUGAUGAGGUCAUGCCCCAAAAUGGCAUCUUGAUACUUAUUCUAGGUGUGAUCCUCCUGGAGGGCAACUCUGCCUCAGAGGAAGUGAUCUGGGAAUUUCUUAACAAAAUGAGUGUGCAUGCUGGGAAGGAGGGUGUCCUUGACGGGAAGCGCAGGGAGCUCAUCACUAAAGAUUGGGUUCAGGAUCAGUACCUGAAGUAUUGCCAGGUGCCUGAGAGUGAUCCUGUUCGCUAUGAAUUUCUGUGGGGUCCAAGAGCCCAUGCGGAAACCAAUAGGAUGAAUGUUUUAGAAUUUUUCGCCAUGGUCAAUGGGAAUGACCUCAGUUCUUACCCACCCUGGUAUGAGGAGGCUUUGAGAGAGGUGGGCGAGAGAGCUCAAGCUAGGAUUGCUUCCACAGAUACAGCUACCAUUCCUGUGCCAGCAGUCUCUCCUGCCCCCAAGUAA